GUGAAUCCUGCAGAAACAGGGUCUCGAUAGGAACCGAUGACAGCAACGUUAUUGAUGCUGUUUGCAUUUCAAACGAAUGUACUGAAUAUUAACACGCCGUAAUAACACCGUGCUGGAAAUGAUCGCGUUUCUUUUUAUAGCGUUAGUUUUCGUGGACACACAAGCGGCGCGUAAAAGUGAAGACGAUGACUGGGUGCAGUUACCGAAUAAAUGUGAAGUGUGUAAGUUUUUGAGUAUUGAGAUGAAAUCCAAAUUAGAAGAGACGGGGAAAACCAAAGAAGUGAUAGAGACCAACUACAGGUUCCUGGAUGAUAAAGGCGCGCCCCCGAUCAAAUAUGUCAAGUCGGACAUCCGGUUCAUAGAGGUAAUGGAAAGUGUAUGUUCAGGAAUCCUGCAGUACAAUUUACACAAAGAGAGGGAUGGCAGCAACCGCUUUGCAAAGGGAAUGUCUGAGACAUUUUCCACCUUGCAUAACCUAGUCCACAAAGGAGUGAAGGUGGUCAUGGACAUUCCUUAUGAGCUGUGGAACGAGACAAGUGCUGAAGUAUCUGACCUCAAGAAACAGUGUGAUGUGAUGGUUGAGCAGUAUGAAGAUAUUAUUGAAGACUGGUAUAAAGGCAACCAGGAGGAAGACCUGACGACAUACCUUUGCGAGAACCACGUUCUGAAAGGACAAGACACAUCAUGUCUAAAAGAAAGCUGGGCUGGGAGGAAAGGAGACCCUGGUGCCACCAAACAAGUCAAAAAGAAAAAGAAAAGCAAAAAGAAGGCUAAAGGUGGUGAGCAUAAUCAGAACAGGGAGAAGAAGUUAAAGAAAAAGAAAAGUAAGCUGCAUGAUGAACACAGUGACAAACAGAAAAUUGAAGAGGGGGGACUUUCAUCAGACGAGGACAUACAAAGGAGCGUUCCUCUUCAUCAGGAUAGAACUGAACUCUGAUCUAACUUCAUUUAGAGCUUCUUUUGGUCCUUGCAUCUCAUGUCUGCUGAACAUCUACUGUAUGUGGGGUUUGCCAUAAAUUGUGUUAAAACUUCUGAAAUGUGAAAGAAUGAAAAAGUGUGUAACACGGUAAUAAGCUAAUGAAGGACCACAACCCCCAUCCCCCCCGCCCCCCCCACCUUGAUUAUGCCAGUGUUUUUCUUCAGUUUAUUUAGGUUUGUUUUGUAUUUCACAACAGAAUGCCAUGAUGAACAUUAAGAGACUAUUAAGCAUGGUAAUUUGUCCCCGUUAAUUGCUGAAGUGAUAAUGAUGGAUAAAUGAUUUAAAACAUUGUGUUUCAAUAUGAAUUUAGAUCUUUUUUAAUUGUUGCAUAUAAGAGCAGUUGGGUUUCCUCCUACAUUUCCUUACAGCUUACUAUAAAUCUUCUUUCUAUUUGAAAUGUUUAGUAGAGAUACAUAUUUUAGUUAUAAUUUAAUGCUUAUCCUUGUGCUGUGGACUGAAAAACUAUCACAAUGCAAUCAGAUUUUCAGGUCAGUAAUAUUUCUAUAUGUAUUCGUGUGCAAGUGUUAUUUUGUAUGAUUUGUGAUGUAUUUUUAAAGUCUAUGAUUGGGUGUAAAAUGCUGCUACUGCUAAAGAGCAAAAUUGUGUUGUAUUUUAGGGGGAAAAUUGUUACAAAUAUUGCAUUUUUGCAGGCUGUGAUUCUACUGCAUUUGAAAUUGGUGAAUAAUGUCUUAUUUGGAGAAGCCAGCUUGUGUUUUUGAUAUGCAAUAAAAAUAACUGGACAAUU